AUGGCCGACGCACAACUCUUGGCAGAAUGGUUUCCCGACUUCGAGCCGAAGGCACCCAAAAUGCGGGGAGAGUCGGUUUUCUACAGGAAUCUCGAGGAGCAGCUGGAUGUUCGGCGCAACGACCGCACGCUCUUCACGCUUCGUCGCAACGAGCCUGCGCCUAAAAGCAUCGAUGUCUCAACGCUCGACUUCUUGGGACUGACUCACAGUGCCCUCCUCCGCCAGCCAUUCCUGGACGAGCUGGCAAGCCACCCAGACUUCCACCUCGGCGCAGGCGGUAGCCGGUUGCUCAACGGCAACAAUGCUUAUGCAGAACUCGUCGAGCGGGAGAUUGCGGAUUUCCACGUGGCCGACGAGGCCCUUCUCUUCCACUCUGGAUUCGAAGCCAACGUGGCGCUGAUGCUUGCGAUCCCUCGCCCUGGCGAUGCUAUCGUCUUCGACGAGCUGGUCCACGCCAGUAUGCAUGAAGGGAUGCAAGGCAGCGUGGCCCCGUGUAAGAAGUCCUUCAAGCACAACGACGUCGACAAAUUUCGCGAAGUGCUCAUGGAGGUUCGGGAGACGCAGACGCUCAUCAAGAAAGGACAGCGUAGUGUGUUCAUCGCACUUGAGUCUCUGUACAGCAUGGACGGCGACGUCUCCCCCCUGAGGGAGCUCGUUGAAGUCGCCAAGGAAAUUUUCCCCGAGGGCAACGCCCAGUUCUUCGUUGACGAAGCCCACACGACUGGGGUUUUUGGUAAGCAGGGUCGUGGGUACGUAGAUGAGCUCGGGCUGCACAACGAGAUUGCCAUUAGGAUGCAUACCUUUGGAAAGGCCAUGGCUUGUACUGGCGCUGUUGUACUCUGCAAGUCGUCUGUCCGCGACACGUUGAUGAACCACGCACGCGCCUUUCUCUACUCGACGGCUCCCUCCUUCCCCAUGCUGGCGGCCAUCCGCGCAGGUUACAAGCUGCUCAAAAGCGGCCAAACCCAACCGCUUCAAGAUCACAUCCAGCAGCUCGUAAAGCAUUUCUUCCGCACCCUGCAGGAAAACCCCGUAUGGGAUGAGGCGAGCGAUGAGGGAAUUCUGAGCAUUCCCACAAUGGAAGAUUUCGAGAAUAGGCCGUUCGUCACGCAGGUGUGCCCCAUCGUGACGAGACAGCGCUACACGAGGUACUUGUGCUGGCACUUGCAGCUGGCAGGGUACAAUUGUUUCCCGAUUGAUUACCCGGUCGUCCCCCGCGGUAUGAACCGGCUACGCGUGGUGCUUCACGCGCACAACACUGUGGCCGAGGUCGAGGGUUUCGCAGAGGCGAUCUGCGAGUGGGCUCAGGAGAUGCUGAACAUUGAGGAGAGAGGCAACAAAGGCGAGCUACCCACCGCAGCCAGACGCGUCAUUGCCAGUCAGGCAGAGCUCAAGGCCAAUGGCCGCGUGAGAGGUGAGGAGAACGGUCACGUGAAUGGCUACGAAAACGGUGCUGUCAACGGAAACGGUGUUGUCAACGGACACUAA